AUGAUUAUCUAUUUUUUUCUUUUAUCAACAUGUGUCAUAUUCAGUGGUUCCUUAUAUAUUCGCGGUGGUCCAUCCGAUUAUCCACGACAAUUCAAUAAUUUACUUCGAUUUAUUGGUUUUAUACUUUUUUAUUUAUCCGAUAGCACAUUAAUUAUUCAUCAUGUUGGAAUUGCUGUACCAAUUGCCGAGAAAUUAAUCUUAUCAACUUAUUUUAUCGCACAAUAUCUUAUUUUAUGUGGCUCAUCAUUAUCAUCAUCAUCAACAUCAUUAUCAUCAUCAUCAUCAUCAUCAUCAUCGUCACGCUAUUAUCGCUCUUAUCAAGUACAUCGAAAAUCUCAUAAAUGA